UCGGAGAGUUAAUUGUGGGGGGUAUGGAAUAAAUGUAACUUAGAUUUAAUGUAAGUAAUAAAUUCCCAAAAUUUGAUUAUGCAUUUUAUAUAUUUUUGUUUGUUUUCAUUAAAUAUUUGUAUGCCUUAAUUAGUUAAAGUUGAAAUUGUUUUCACAACUAACUUAUCGAGUUUGGCGGGUAACAGCAUCAUUGUUUUCGCGCGGGAGAAUCGUUGGAACGAGAUUACUUGGUAUUGAAACUGUUUCUGUUGUUUGUGUAAGGAAGGUAUUUUCGUUGCGAUACAUCUUAAAUGACUGAAGAUUGCACACCGCCUUCAUCCCCAUAUCGAUGUUCACCGCGUACACCAGAUAUUUCGAAUUAUGGAUUCUACAGGCCGUUUGACUGCUUCAGCAACAGAUCGAGUGAUAAGAAUCUAGACAUUCAUGACGAGUUGUGCCUGAAAAAAGAACACUACUUGGAACCAGUUACGUGCGUGAAAGAUGGCAUUGGAUUCGUCAGCGACUUGUUUCUGUAUAAGUGCCUGGAUGACCUGGCUACGUGGUCGCCGAUCGAGGAGUUAUUCCGCGUUUGCAGGAUGAAGCUGAUGACGACUGGCUCGUGGGAGGAACCUCAGCUGGACGUCAGGCGGCGUCUCCUCAACGAACUGAUGGAUUUGCGGGGCUCUGUCGACAGGGCAGCUGCUGAUGGCUUGGCACGCGAAACUGAGGAGUCGAUAGCAGAGUACUUUGAUCAGCUGUGCUCGUUGCGGCUGCUGCUGGGGUACUUGCCCGACAUUCCGGACUGCGUGCUGUCGCACGUGUCCGCUCAGUCUGCCAGUGCUUUCCCUGAGGCGUGGUACAGUCUGUUCCACCUGCACCUGGACCUGCGCUGGUUCCACCUGACGUGUGUGUACCAGCUGGCGCGGCUCGGGGGCGACCGGCCCGUGCUCCCGUCCCGCCGGCAGCUGGACGAGAGCUUCUUCGAGAGGCAGCUGGCCCUGCUCGCGUCCGAGCUCCUGGAGCUCGCCGUCAGGCGGUUCGAGAAGACGGCGCUCCAUGAUUUGCCGCACACGCCCCCUUACAGCUGCAGGUGCGUGGAGGAAAUGUGGUUGAUGCUGCAGCUGCUGGUGGAAACCGCACAGCUGUGCCUGUCUGUUCAGCCUUUCGAAAGCCUCGUCAAAGUACUUCUGGAUUCAGUGCAGCAGAGGCGGGGCGACCGUGUCACAGUGAGCAGGAACUGCUCGGAGGUGACCGCCCCAGACGCGUUUCACUGCAGCAACCCGACCGGGUUUUGCCUGUGGUUCCUCUUCCACUUGAGCCAGCUGGGCGGCUACUCCGUUGAAGGGCUUUACCUGGGCCCUUCGUGCGCCAGGGUGCGGAGCAACUAUGAGCAGCUCAGCUCGAUCCUGAGGCGGUGCCUCGGGGCGGAGCCCCCCGUCGCCGAGGAACAGCUGCGAGCCUACCUGGCGCUCGUGGGGCCGCUGGUCACCGAGUGGUGGGAGCUCAGCACCGAGCCGGUCCUGCUGCUGUGGGAGUACUUCCACUGCCGCCUCGACUCGGCCUUCUACGUGAGGGGGGCGACCCCCCACUCCAUCGCCGUCGUGAGCCCGAGCGGCUCCGCCCUGCUGGGGCAGGUGCGGUCCCUCCUGGACGCGCCGCCCCCCGGGGCCAACAGCUUCUCGCUGUUCCUGAGCCUGCUGGGCGCGCUCGUGCGGCGCGGGGCGAGGGAGGGAGACCGCCGCGCCUGGCAGCAGCUCAAGGGCCGGAUCUUCUCCAGGCUCUCCCCCGCCAGGACGGCCGGCCUCUCCGAGCUGGGGCUGUACCACCUGGCGUCACUCUUCCUCGCGCUGGCCGUCGCGUUCCCCGCCGAGCAGGAGCAGGUGGUUGGGAGAUGUCAGACACUUUUAGGGGGUUUACUGAACGGUGAAUUGGACACUGGAAGAAGAGCUGUCAUAUGGAAAGCCAACAUUGCUUUUAUACUACUGCACGUUGAGAGUGGUAUUGGCGUGUCUGAAGUGGCGCGGAACUUCUUGAGCGAGGUUGGAUUGAACACUGGGAACUCCCCGCUCAUGAAGAUGUUUAUCGGAGACCUGCUGCCCAUUCUCGGCUCCCACUGUGACGCUUCGGGUGGCGUCUCGCAUCUCGUCCUCUUUGACGGCUGGCUGGUGCCGUACCUGAGCGGGGCUGCUCCCGGCGAUGCGCAGCCCCUCCUGGAGGCCGUGCUACGCGCGGUGAAGCGUGGCGGGGAGGCUGGGGCACGGCUCGGGGGGCUGGUGCUGCAGCAUGUCAAGCGGCAGUUCGCCGCGCGGGGAGGAGCCCAGCCGGUGGCGGUGCGCCUCGCCGCGGAGCUGACAUCGCUCGCGGCCGGCACGCCCGAUUCUUAUGCCGAGCUGUUCCGCUACUUCGGCUGCUCCCCGGUGGUGGACGCGGGCGCCGGCCUGCGCUACCUCUGCCUGCUGCUGCAGGGUCCCGGCGCAACGGAGACGCUCGCCCGCCACGUGCUGGGACACGCCCUCCUGCUGGUGCAGGCGUGGGUCAGGUUCCAGCUGGUGUGUCCGUGCCUGGAGGAGGUGGCCCCGCUGACGAGAGUCGUGGCCAGCCUGCCGGAGGUCGCGGGGCUCUGCUCCGCGGCUGGUGGCGCGCGCUUGGAGAUGGCAGACGACGCGUUCCUGGCGUUUGUCGAGGCGCUGGGCCGGGCGUACGCCGACGCCCCCUCCGACGAGCAGGCACGGGCCGCCCUGCGGCGGCGGUGCGCCUCGUACCUGGGCCAGGUGGCUCAGUACGCGGAUCCGGUGCUGCGGGAGCCCCCGUCCUACCAUGCCGUGCUGCGCGUGUACGCCUGCGCGCUCCAAGUGGUCCGCCACUGCAAGUCGCUCCUCUACCAGAAGAACAGUCCGAGCAACGUCCUGCCCUCGCUGGUGGCGCACCUGUUCCUGCCGCAGCAGCAGCCCGAGGGGCGUGACCUCCCGGCUCACCGCCUGGCGGCUAUCGGGCGCCACCUGGCGCCGCUCCUGCGCGAGCUCCUGCCCCUGGCGCGCGGCUCGGACUCCGUCUCGCGCCUCGUGCGGCAGCUGGUGGCGCGGUACCUGCCCGCGUUCGGCGGGCCGCUCGCCCCCGCCGGCCACCCCCUGCUGGAGCUGUUCUCCGUGGAGGGGGGCGGUCCGGGCGAUGAAGGGGGCGGCCUGUUGCUGCGCGCCGUCUCCGACGAGAUGCUCCGCGGCCGCGGGGCCACGCUCCACAAGGACGCCGACACCGCGCUGGCCUACGUCCUGCGGCUGACGGAGCGGCACGGCGGGGACGCGACUGUGCUGCAGCUGGUCGCGGAGACGUGCCUGCGCCGGGUGCUGGAGACGGCCAUGUUCUCGUCGGAGGCGUGCCGGCACCAGGGCCGGGCGGCCUGCGCCGCGGCGUCCGCCUUCCUCGCCAGCCCUGCCCUGGACGCCAGCGAGCCCCUCAGGGAGAGUUGCUGUGGUGUGUUGCUGAAGCUGUGUGAGGACCACCUGGCGUUCAGCAUGGUGCCCCUGUUCAAGCUGCUGAGCCUCGUGACGACCUUCCGGCCGCGCCUCGUGGAGCGGGCGCUGCCCCGGCUGUGGGCCGAGGUGCGGCGCGUCGAGUCCCGGCGAGGCGUGGCCCGGGACCCCGCGCUCAGAGCUGCAAUGUCAAAAAUUGAAGAUGCAGUUAACCUGAAGAUUGGUCAACAAGCUUUAUUGUAAAAACCUUUGUUAAUGUAGUUGUGUCUAUGGAAAAUUGACCCUGUACUAAACUUCACAAUAAAUAUUUUUUAUACUUUUA